UGGAAUAUGGAAAAUACAGUGAGUAUUUGAUAGAGUGGCAACAACUAAUACAAGAAGGUCCAGGAUUUCCGAUACACGUCAUGUUUUACGAGGACGUGAAAAUGAAUGGACAGAAAGAACUUGAUAGGCUGUUGAAAUUUCUUGAUAUACAACUAGAUGAUCAACUGAAGAAUGACAUUAUGGAAAUGUGUGGUUUUGAAAAGAUGCGUGAAGAAAAAGGGAAAAAUAAAGGAAUUGAAGUAUAUCUUAAAAAGGAUUUCAAUUUCUUUAGAAAAGGUCAAGUCGGUGACUGGAAGAAUUGGUUUUCGGUUGCACAAGAU